AUGGACUGGAACUUCAAACUCAGCUCCGGGUAUUUGUCUGAAUUCGAACAAGAAUCUGUGCCUGAUUUAUCCCCAAUCGAUGGCUCGAUCUCGUUCGGUGGGUCAUCGUCACCAAGAUUCCAGCCAAAAGGGGACUUCUCAUUUGAUCUGAAGCUUGGAAGAAACAUUGGAAGCUCCUCCUCUGCUUUUGGUAAUACAGAGCAAGUCAUAAGUCUUAGUAAGUGGAAAGAGAGAUCUAUGGCAAAACCAGAUGUUUCAAGAGCAUCUGGAUCAUCUUCAUCGUCCAAGAGGACAAGAGGAAAUGCUGUCGGGAACAACCAGAUGCCGAUUUGCUUGGUUGAUGGAUGUGAUUCUGAUUUUAGUAACUGUAGAGAGUAUCAUAAGAGACAUAAAGUCUGUGAGGUUCAUUCCAAAACUCCUGUGGUUACAAUCAAUGGCCAUAAGCAGAGGUUUUGCCAACAAUGCAGCAGGUUUCAUUCCUUGGAAGAGUUUGAUGAAGGGAAGAGAAGUUGUAGGAAACGUCUCGAUGGACACAACCGUAGAAGACGGAAGCCUCAGCCUGAUCAUAUAUCCCGUCCUGCAAACUUCUUCACCGGUUUCCAAGGUACCAAAUUGUUGGACUUCUCAGGCGGUUCACAUGUGUUUCCAACUACAUCUGUUGCUAGCCCAAGCUGGGGAAAUGGUCGUGUAAGCGUCGCUAUGGGCAAUGGUUCGAGUUACGGGCAGAACCAGGGCUUUUCUGGUUCUGGUUCUUCUCCUGCAAAGACAGGAAUAAUGUUCCCAAUCUCUUCUUCUCCAAACAGCAGUAGAAUCGCAGGGAAACAGUUCCCUUUCUUGCAAGAAGAAGAGAGCUCGAGAACUGCAUCGUUGUGUGAGAGAAUGACGAGUUGCAUCCAUGACUCCGAUUGUGCUCUCUCUCUUCUGUCAUCCUCCUCGUCAGUCCCUCAUUUGUUUCAACCGCCACUUUCUUUGUCCCACGAAGCAGUAGAGACAGUUUUUUAUGGAUCGGGAUUGUUUGAGAAUGCGAGUGCAGUCUCUGAUGGAUCGGUUAUAUCUGGUAAUGAGGCCGUGGCUCUUCCACAGACGUUCCCGUUUCACUGGGAGUAG